GGUGUGGUUCUUACAAGGGUCCCAACCAGCUCUGCGACAUCUUUUGGGAAAAUUUCUCCAAGAGUGGUUGCUUGGGUAGGGCUUGAUUUUUCGUGCGCGGUCCACGAAUGGGGCUAGUGGUUCUCAUACGAGGGAGUUUUGGGUGAAAAGGGUAGUUCUCGUUUAUGGGUUCUGCAAGCAGAGAUUGAUCCGUUCGCUAAUGGAGUUGCUGGUUCAUGUACGACAGAGUUUUUAGUGAAAUGGGUUCUUUACGUUGGUGGGUUUUUGAAUACUGACGCGGCUCGCAAUGGGAUGCCGUUCAGAUUUCUGACGUCUGUUCGCAAAUGUAUGUGUAAAAAUGUCGCUGCUUCUGGUAUUGAGUUCGCUUGUUGAAGUUUACAGAUUAAGGAAGGUCUCUGUUUGGGAGAAUUGAUCCUUAAGUUUCUGUCAAUUGAUGGUUCUAGUGUUGGAUUCUUUUAGAUUUUUAUUUGUUGCUCUAUCCGAGUGGUGUUGGUUCAUUGUUUUUUCUGAGUCUGAGGGUUUUCCAUUUUCCUGAAAUUGGCUGUUGCUUAGAGAAUUGGUGAGGCUUUGGUUAUCAGGUUUGGACAUUAUUUCUCAUUUUCGGAUUCCUCGAGUCUUAGUGGGUUUUCAGUUCUUGGAUUCAAGCAUUGUUUUUGUUUUCAAGUUAAUGAAAAUUAUCAUUUUGGAUACUUCGGUGGUGGGAAAUGAAACAAAAGGGAAACUUUUAGUUUUGGGAUUUGGAUGCUGUUUUUCUUGUAGUGGGGAGCAUGAAAAUGGAUAUAUGGAUUGUUGUAGCAGCUGCCUCUGCAGUAUAUUUAUCUAAGCAGUGGCAAAAAUUUUUAAGGCACAGGGAAAAUUCUUCAGAGUCAUUUUGUGGGACUUCUGAUUUUGAGAAACCCAAUCCACCAUCCACGUGGUGCCUUCCUGACAAGAAGAGCUGUCCCUUGCGCAGUUUGGCUUGGAGAAAAAAACUAGAUGAAGACAUUUCUAUAGAAAAAGAAAAUAUCUCCAAAGGGGAAGUUUCAGAAAUGACCCAGUUAGAUGGUACUCCAGCAGCAGGAGUGGCCUCUGCUAGUGGGGCUGAUGGUGAAAACCUUGUAAGUUUGGGGAAUCACAAGGAUUGCAAUGUACUUUUUAUUUCAAGUUUGGCUAAUGGAUUUUCGAGAAAUGACAACCUUCAAGAGAAUGAGGAUGGAAUUAGGAUGACUGGUGAUAUUGAUAGUUCUGGUGAUUUUGUACAUGAACCUUCAACUGUGAAUGUGGGUCCUUUUCUUGGUUUAUUGAGGAAAGGAAGAGCUCUUAGAACUAAGCGGUUGCAUGCACGUUUUGCUAGGCCUAUAAGUUCUCUGGAAAGUUGCCUUAUGGCUCAGUUAUAUAAUGAGCAUGCUGAAAUGGAAGAAUAUGUGCUUAGUUCCUUGCAAUCACCACCCGCACCAACUGUGAGGCCAUUAUUUACAUCCGACGGAAGCAGAAUUAUAAACAAGGCAAGUGGUGAUUCUCCCAGCAUGUGGAUUGGAACUGGGGAUGACAAUCUACACAAGGAGGCCUAUUUAGAAGGUAAGGAGACUGCCAUUGGUGUUCCUUCACUACCAAAGUUAAGGUCUAUGGAGCAGCCAAGGAAAAUGAAACUUAAGACAGGAAGGGGGCAGAGGCAAAGAUUUGGCAGUUCCAGUAAAAUGGUCAACAGAAAACAUUUCCAUUCACAAGGAGGAUCACCUGAUGGAAUGGUUCUUUUCUGUCUUGGGAUUUCGAUUGGCAUGAUAUUUUCUCAAAUUUCAAAUAAAAGGGAAGUAGAUGAAAUGAAAGAAUUGUUGCAGCGGACUGAGAACUUGGUUCAGGAUCUACAGGAGGAACUUGAGAUGAAGGAUUCAUUAACCGUGAAGGAGCUAGCUAAUGAGGAUUACGAAUCACAAUAUACCCAUGAUCAUGCAUUUGGUAGUGAGGCUAAUGAGGAUUAUGAGUCACAGGAUGCACAUGAGCAUGCAUGUCACAAUGGGCCAUCCAAUAGGUUUUCCUCUGAACCGUGUGAUCAGAAGGCAGAGGAAAAUUCAGAAUUAAUGAGUAAAAUUGAGGCAGAGCUUGAAGCUGAGCUUGAACGGUUGGAACUAAGCAUGAAUUCAUCUUGUUUGGAGAGAAAAUUAUCCAAUCUUGUCGAGCUUGAUCCAGACAUUGUAGCAGAUGUUGCUCAGGGCGAGCUAAAAGUUGAGAUGGUUGGCAGGCAAACUGGUGGCCAAGAUGAUUCGUACCAGGAUGUGAGCAGCACAUCCACAACUCACUCAGCAAACUAUGCAGUCUCACCGCGUGAGUUGAGCUUGCGUUUACAUGAAGUCAUUCAAUCAAGACUAGAGCAAAGAGUCAAAGAACUUGAGACAGAACUUCAAAAUAGCAAUAGGAAAUUGCAAUUCAUGGAGUCAGAGUGCUUGACUUGUUACGAGGAGUUCGCAGACAGCAUACUUGGGUCCUCUACCCAACGAACUCCAAUUGCACUCCCUGUAGAAGAGAGCAACCCUAUAGCCCAGCUAUCAGUUGUAAAUUUGCCAGAAGAUGCCUAUAAUGAGGUUGAGGACUUCAUGAAGGAAACCCAGUCAGAAUCAGAGGAUUUUCCAUCUAAGGCUUAUAGAAAUAACCAUCAAGAUGGCUUACAUCAAUUUGAUGGAAGUGUGUUAUGGGAUCAUGAAGAUCUCCUGAAGGUAAACCAGUCUGAGGAAGAGGAUCAAGAGAGCUCACAUCAAGUUGAUGGAAUUGCAGAAUGGGGCCAGAAUGGGAGGGUGGGAGAUUCCAUGGGAUACCGCCCUACAAUCAAUAAGGAGAGACAAAGGAGAACAUUUAUACCCCAGGAGGUGAGAACAUUGGAGGAGCACAUGUUGAUGGACAGGGAACUGAGUGGAGAUGAAAAUAAUGACGAAGCUGAUGAUGAGAUGAAACUACUGAUACAGCAGAUAGUGGAGAAAAACCGGCAAGGUUCUCCCAUAGUUUUGAACGUCCAAAGGGCAUUGUUUUCAGUGGAUGAAAAUGAACACUGAUUGAAUUGGUAUUGAAGAAAAUUUUGCAGAAAACGAGCGUAAAGAAAGGAAUUACUUUUCUUCAUAAUCCGCCAUUUCUUUUUUCCCAUCAAGUACUUGCGCCACCUCAAAUCUACUUGAACAUUUUCUAAUACAUCCCAAAUCAACCCGACUGUAAACAUUUGAGGCUAUAGAGUAAAGUUGUUGACUUACAGAGUA